CGAUUUUCGGCCGAGCGGCCCCGAACCAGCGCCACGCCGCCUCUGUGCGCCACCUGCCACGCUACCUGCAGCCUGCAGCCUGCGCCACAGGGGCGGACUCAAUCCACACGGCGUUUCUGCCGAAGAAGAUCGCCCAACCCACGAACGGAAGCUCGCGCCGGCGCCGCGGCCAUGGGGAGCGGAAGCUCGGCGCGGAAGGAGCAGCCCAGCUCCACGGAGGCGCAGCAGCUGGUGGACGCCUUGAGCCAGGAGGAGCGGCAAAAGAUCUUGGCCGCGCUCGUGCAGCUCGAGGAGGAGCAAGCACAGACUGGCCGAUCAGAAAGGGACGAGGAGCGACAAAGGCAACAAAGCCUGUCACAAGGGACAGAAAAAGCACGGGAGGAAGCUGGCCCAAAGGAAGAGCCAGAGGUCCAAAGUGACGGUGUGAGAGAAGGGAGCAAAGAGGAGGAACAAGUGAUUUCUGAGGCUAGUCUGAAGCACUACUUCGAGAAGGCUUACAAGGAAGGGGGUGUGUUCGCUCACGAGGAGUAUAAACACGAUGCGGAUGACUGGUGCUGGCUCCACAAGGGGUCGAACAUCAAGGUCUGGCAAGAUGCGCUUGAUCUGACGCAAGCUGGUGCUGGUCGUGCUGGUGACGUAGAAUGCUUCUUCCACUACACCACGGAGCUCGGCUUUCGCAACAUCACCAACGAACGCAAAGAAUUGGUGGAAGUCUUCGCAUCGUUGAUCACAGAGGGUGAAAAGGCCAAUGCCUGGUGGGGUCGAGGUGUCUACUCUGUGCGGAAAGCACCAGAUCAAUGGUCCAACAUCGAGACCCUGCUCGAUAACAAUUACAGGAACAUGAUGAGGCGUGACAUCGAACUGAAAGGCCGCGAGGCAACAGUGGAGGAAUAUCACUCCAGAGUUGCCUAUUGCAUCCCCAUGUUGGUUGAUGCAAGCUGCUCCUAUGACGUAUCAAAACGACAGACGCCGGAAAUGGUUGAGAAGGGCAAGCCAAUCGGAGUGAAUCUGGCUGGCAAGCUGCUGAAUGAACCUGGAAUGCCGCCAAGAGAAUGCAUAGUUGUCCGAGUACAACAGGAGGAGAAGGUCGGCCAUGCUAGAGCAGUGCUGGUGGAAACGCUCCGCUGCCGCGCCGAAGCCAUCACCACCCACCUGGGCUCAGAGCAGCCCAAGACCCUUUUGGCGCUUGGCCGGCUCGCGAAGGUGCUGGAGUGGCGCGGCGCCCUGGCCGAGGCGGAGACGCUGCGGCGGCGGAUCCUGGCGGCGUGCGAAGCGCAGUUGGGUCCCGAGGAUCGGAACACGCUCAGUGCGCUGAACAAUCUGGCGCUGGUCUUGCAUCGCCGCGGCCAGUGGAAGGAAGCGGAAGACUUGUACCGCAGGGCGGUGAAGGCGAAGGAACGUGUCCUGGGAGAUGCGCAUUUGGAGACGCUGGUGUCCGUGGCGAACUUGGCGGAUGUGCUGAGGCUUCAAGGCCAAUUGGCCGAGGCGGAGGCGCUGCAGCGCCGGGUCCUGGCGGGCACGAAGCAUCGAGACACCUUAGUGUCAUUGACCAGCCUGGCACUCGUGCUGCAGGAUCAGGGCAAUUUGGAUGAAGCAGAGCCCUUCGCCCGGAAAUGCAUGGAGGGAAGGGAGGCUCUUCUUGGAGAAACACAUCCAGAGACCUUGAUUUCCAUCAACAACCUAGCCACGCUUCUCGAAGCCCAAGGCAAGCUGCAGGAAGCCGAAGAGCUUUACCGAAGAGCUCUUGACGGGGGCGAAGCACAGCUCGGGCGCACACACCCAGACACCCUGACCUGGGUCAACAAUUUGGCGGGUGUCCUCUUUAAACAGAAGAACUUCGCCGACGCGGAGGCAUUGUUGCGGAGAGCCCUGGCGGGUCGCGAGGCGCGCCUCGGAGCCGGGCAUCCGCACACGUUGAUCAGCGUCCAUCGCCUGGCCGAGCUCUUGGAGGCGACCGGCUCCAUCGCCGAGGCUGAAGAGCUUUUCAUCAGAGAGUUGAACGGCAUGGAGGAGCUUCACGGCCCAGACCACGAGGAGACCCGAGGUAGUCGCGAAAACCUGGAGCGCUUCCGGCAUGAACACGGGCGAUCAGGCUGA